AUGAACAAGGGCACAUCGCACAACAACACGGUCAAGGACUCCUACUGGCACAACAAGAUAACCCAGAACGAGUUCAGGGCGAAGACAGUCAUCGUCCCGGGUAGGAAGAUCGAUGUGGCCCCGUCAGUCGUGAGGUGCACGUGGAGUACCGUCAACGUCGAGAAUAUGAUGUACCAGUCCCCCGACAUCGAAUCGAUCGACAACGCCACCACACGCUCCGUGCACGAGAACUGCCUAGGGCACUUGAGGAAGGACUCGUACAAUGGGAUCUUUCUGAUGACAUACGGGUUUGCGAGAGGCGACGACGACACCUUCGGCGAGAUAUACCUGAUGAACAAGGCGAUCAUGAACGACGAGGCUACCGCCGAGGAGGUAGCCGAGAAGUGCUACGGGAAACUGGCGACGAGAUUCGGGAUCCUGAGCAAGAAUAACAACGGGACCAGGCCCACGAACAGCUUCAGGUUGGUCGCUUCCCCUAUGACCGGCGUAUCGUUCGGGGAGGGGUCAAAGCACGAGAUGUUGCCCACCGGGUACGUCGACAUCCCCCGGACGGUUCUCAAGAACGUGAAGUUCGUCCACUAG